AGAAAAGACAAAUAGAAUGUGAUUCUAUAUGUCCAUAUUGUCACAUCCCAUAAAGAUUCCAACACACUUGAUUUAAUGGACACACCUCCAACUGAAGAUCAUCAUCAUCAUUCUUAAAAUAUAAAUUCCUACUUCACUGAUUUGGCUUAAAUAAAAUAUUCUCCAAAACUCCAAGAGAUGGCAACCAGAAGAGCAAGAUGCAGCAAGUGUGGCAGGGCAAUACUAGUGCCAAUAGAACUAGAAGAGUAUGGCUAUGCCACUUCCAUAACUUUGAUAUGUUCUGGUUGCAACUCUCGAGGUUUCUCCCAGCAACCCAAUUACCCUUUUGUCAACAACAACGUACCUCCUCCUCCCGCCUAUGGGAGACGUCAGUCUUGGCCACAAACACUGAUGGCCCCGCAGCAUUCAAUGGCACCUCCUUCUCCAUAUGGUAACAAGAGGGCUGUCUUAUUUGGUAUUAGUUAUAGUAAUCGUGCUAACAGUCUUAAAGGUUCUCUCAAUGAUGUUCACAACAUGAAAUACUUUCUCACUCAAAACAUGGGUUUCCCUGCUGAUUCCAUUCGCAUGCUCACAGAUGAACCAGGGGAGAGAAAUCCGAUGAGAAUCCCAACAAAAUAUAACAUGCGAAUGGCAAUGAGGUGGUUGGUUGAAGGCUGUCAACCAGGGGAUUCAUUGGUGCUUCACUUCUCAGGACAUGGAUCAAGGGAAGUGGACCAUAGCAUGGAUGAGGUUGAUGGGUAUGAUGAAGCUAUAUGCCCUGUUGAUUAUGAGAGUGAGGGGAAGAUACUCGACGAUGAAAUCAACGCUACAAUUGUUAGGCCUCUACCUCAUGGUGCCAAACUUCAUGCUGUCAUCGAUACAUGCUUUAGUGGGACAGUUCUCGAUUUACCAUUUAUGUGCAGGAUUAACAGAAAAGGUUAUUAUGGAUGGGAAGAUCACAGACACCCCAGAGCUGGCUACAAAGGCACGAGAGGUGGGCUAGCAGUUUGCAUUUCAGCUUGUGAUGAUGAUGGAAGUGCAGCAGAUACAUCGGCAUUUAGUGGUAUGGAAAGUGCUGGUGCCUUGACUUACAGUUUCAUCCAAGCCAUGAAAGUUGGACGUAACCUAACUUAUGGUCAAUUGCUAAAUGGCAUGCGUUUUACCAUCCGCGGGGUUAGAGAAAAGUUUGGUCCGGAUUAUCAAGAGCAUGUCAUGGAGAAUCGGCAGCAGUAUGCUCAUGAGCCACAACUGUCGAGUUCUGAGAAAUUUGAUAUUUAUUCAAAGUAUAUUGCAAUGUGAAAGAUAACUGGGAGUGGGCAUUGAAAAUAAAAUGAAUAGACAUAUUGGUCUUGUUUGUAGGAAAUAAAAUAUGUCAAUUUGGGGAAGGAAAAUAUAUGUUGAUUUGUAAAUUUGAAGACUGAGCUAGCUCUGCAAUUUCAUCAAUGCUUUUAUGUUACAUCUCAUGAAUUACAAUCUCAUCUAUUUUCAUUUAUCUAUAAUCUAUAAUUAGAGUAUUUUGCUUCAAA